AUGGCUCAUCCAAUUAUGGACGUAAAUUUAUCAGAAAGGUAUCCUCAAGAUGUAAUGUUUGAGAAGCAUAUAGCAUUUCUGAAAGCAAUGGAAAAAAAAGAUGACCCAACUCUUGAUUACUUAAAGCUUUCCGGAAUUUACUGGUCACUUACUGCUCUUGAUUUAAUGAAGAGAUUGGAUUUGUAUGACAAGAAUGGAAUCGUUGAUCUUGUCAAAUCCUGCUUUAACCCAGAUGGUGGAUUCGCACCCGCUCCAAAUCAUGAUUCCCAUAUUUUAUACACACUAAGUGCUAUUCAAAUUCUUGUGACUUAUGAUGAAGUCAUGCAGAUAGAUACCAAGAUGGUUAUCAAGUAUAUUUCUAGUUUGCAGAAUUCGGACGGUAGCUUCAAUGGUGAUAAAUGGGGUGAAGUAGAUUCUAGGUUCAGUUUCUGCGCUAUUGCUUCACUCAGCCUUUUGGGUGUAAUUCCAACUGGUACUCGCGAUAUAUCUCAACCCAUUGAAGGAAUUGAUAUACAGAUGGCCGUGAACUUUCUCGUCGCUUGUCAAAAUCCUGAUGGUGGAUUUGCCACUCGCCCCGGAAGUGAGUCUCAUGCUGGACAGGCCUACUGCGUCAUCGGUGCGCUCUCGUUGCUGGGACAACUAAGACGCUUAGACAUUGGUAAGGCUGCCUGGUGGCUUGCUGAGCGCCAACUUCCAAGUGGCGGGCUUAAUGGUCGACCUGGCAAAAUGCCGGAUGUCUGUUAUUCCUGGUGGGUACUUGCCUCGUUAACUAUUCUUGGCCGCCUUAUGUGGAUAGACGCUUCAGAGUUGGCCAAAUUCAUAUGUGCUAGCCAAGACACCGACACCGGUGGUAUUAGCGACCGUCCUGGGAACUACCCGGAUCCCUUCCACACUCUUUUCGGUCUGGCUGGACUAUCUCUUCUCUCCCGAUUGAAUGCCAACUCAGGUCAGGCUAUAGCCGGUGAUGACGUUGAGGAGGUUAAAAACAGUUCUGAGAGAUCGGAGGCCUUGGAAUCCGCCUUCAAGAAUUUGAAAGAGAUUAAUCCGGUUUUUUGUAUGCCCCAAUACGUUAUUGAUAGGCUCUCUUUGCGUGUACAAUUACUAUGA